AUGACGAAAGGAUGUUGGUGGCCGGCCAGAGAUUAUAAAAAGGGGAUCAGGGUGGGUGAGGAUGAGUGCAGAAACCAAAGGGGAUUAAACGCGCACACACAAAUGUCACCAAAAUGCUCAUUCCUGCUCCUCCUGGCUGUGGUGCUCCUCACCACAACCUCUCUUGCUUCUCUGGAUGGCAAGAAACCGCCUACUAAGAAGAAGCCACCCACCGAGUUCGAGGACGAGCUCGCUGCCUUACACGGCGGGCCCAGCAAGAAGCCUCCGCCAAAGAAGCCUCCAACCAUGACCCAGGUCGAGGACGAGCUUGCUGCCUUACACGGUGGCCCCGACAAGAAGCCUCCGCCGAAGAAGAAGCCUCCAACCGUAACCCAGGUUGAGGACGAGCUUGCUGCCUUACAAGGUGGCCCCGGCAAGAAGCCUCCGCCGAAGAAGAAGCCUCCAACCGUAACCCAUGUUGAGGACGAGCUUGCUGCCUUACAAGGUGGCCCCGGCAAGAAGCCUCCGCCGAAGAAGAAGCCACCGACCAUCGUCGAGGAAGCUGACCAAGCAGGUGUUGAUGGUUAUGGUGGUGGCAGGAAACCAUCCCCUCCCUACAAGAAGAAGCCUCCGUUUUAA